ACAUAUCGGUAGAUAGAAAUUCUAAUCUGCUGUUGACUAACUAAGUGAACACCAUUUUAAAACUAAAUAUUAAUGCAGUGCAAAGUUACUAGAUAUUGUUAUCCGUUAAAAUUUGAAGAAACUGGAGAAACGAAAUAAUAAUGAAAUGUAACGGUGAGUCGCGCUAUUUACGAAACAAGUACAGCUAGAUAAGCUAAUAGAAUUAAUUAAUUAUGAACAUGUCCUACAUAAGCGCAUUUUUAUUUGUCGUCAUGGGCAUGAACUGGGCCCAAACGAUCGCCGAGUACCAAGUACCAUGCCCAGAGCAGUGUGUCUGUACCGCUCUCGAAAUCAGCGCGGACUGUCAAAAUGGUGGUUUUUCAAAAUUGCCGAAUGGGCUACAUCCAGAGACUACAAGAUUGGACCUAUCGUUCAAUAAAUUCACGUCGAUUCCUAAAAACGUAUCAGCAUUGAAAGAGUUAGUGGUUUUGGUACUGGCACAUAACGAAAUAUCCAGUUUGGACCAGGAUUCAUUCGACAGCAUGAAUAAUUUACAACUCCUGGACCUUUCCAAUAAUCGCUUAACCGAUUGGAGAGCCCUGCAUCCGGGCUCUUUAACACCCCUUAAGUCUUUGAAGCAAUUAGACUUAUCUCAUAAUCAUCUACGUGGAUUCCCGGCAAUUGUAGAAUAUCCUUUGCGAAGUGACUCUCUCAAAACUCUCAUUUUAAACAACUGUUCGAUAACAAACGUUUUCGGUGACAUACUGGCCGGAAUGGUUAAUGCCGAAAAGUUAGUUCUUUCGUUUAAUCCAUUAACAUCCCUCAAUGCAAUACUAAGGGCAGAAAAACUACGAACGUUAGAGAUUUCGAAUUGCGCACUACAAAGAAUAAGUGCAGAUGCUUUUACUGAAUUAGUACUAUUAGAAACACUAAUUUUAAGUAACAACGGACGUUUGAAAAGGUUUUACUCUACUUCGAGAUCGUUGAAGUUUUUAGACUUGAGUAACUGCAGCAUAGAAAGCUAUCCCACGAAUAGCCUGCCAAAUUUAAAUCAAAUUUAUUUGAGAAAUAACCAGAUCAAAAACCUUCAAGAAAUGGCAUUCAUUACAACGCCUUCAAUUAAAGUGCUGAGUCUGUCUCACAAUUCCAUUUCUUCGAUAGACGAACGAGCUUUCGUGGGGUUGAAUCGCCUAGAAGACGUCGAUUUAUCCUACAACACCAUAUCUUCGAUUGGUUCACGCACCUUUUCGGGAAAUGCCAAGCUGACCAAACUGUCUCUGUCUCACAAUUAUUUAAAUAAAGUCGAUCACAUUGCAACGAAUUCGGUAAAAGCGUUAGACAUGAGCGUCUGCGAAAUUAGGUCAGUGGAUAGAACUAGUCUGUCGAUGAUGCCGUCGUUAGAAGAAUUGAAUCUCGCUAGAAACUUAAUAUCUUUUCUCCCAGACAACUGGACUGGAUACAGAAUCCAUUCACUUGACCUUAGUCUAAAUCGCAUAUUUACGUUGACCAAUGAAACAUUUAACGAGAUGCCGUUUCUGCGUAACCUCAACCUUGCCGGAAACAGAUUAACCUCCAGCAUCAAACCAGAAUACUUCCACAAUAUCAACAUCGUAAGAUUAGACGACAAUUCCUGGUUGUGCGACUGUAAAAAUGUCAACUUUAAGAACUUGUACGACUGGCUGAUAAAUAAAAUGCACUCGACGACGCAAUUACGCUGCAUGUUCCCUGAAAAUCUCGCAGGACUGCCAUGGGAAUUGGCGUGCGAGGAAUACUGGUACGUCCAAGAAAAUCGGUCGGACAAGGUUUGGGUCUUUUCCGUAUUUUUGAUGGUGGGAACGGUGACUCUGAUAUGCAUAAUUAUGUCAAUCAGACGAGCGUAUCAGCUGAAGGAGAUACAUGAAAGACAAUUGGUAGAGCGUGAGAGAAUCGAAGUCAGAGACAGAUUAAGAAGAAUGCAAGAACAACAAUACCAGGCGAGAGAGGAAGAGAUAAACCAGAGGAAUGCCCCUGACCCACGAGAAAUUCAGAGACCACCGUCGUAUGCCGAAGCUAUUCUAAUGCCUCGCCUAGACGGCUCGUACUCAAGUUUGGCCGGAAGCCAAUUCAGUUUGUCCGGUAGUCACAGAAACCUAUCAGGAAGCAGGCGUAGUCUGCGUGGUUCUCAGAGCGAUUUAACCGAGGGCAAGGUUAGACGUAAACGAAGAAGAAGUCGGCAUAAAGUGAAAACGGGCCUCGACGGUGACGCCGAGGGCCAGAGCAGCGAACGCCUAAAUACUGAAGAGGCUACAUCUGAUAGCGAAACCAGGCAAAAUAACGAAAACUCAGCCCGUUCGAAUGAUGUCAUCGAAAGUGAUUUUGAAUUAAAUUCAACUAAUUUAAGUUAUUUCUCAUAUAGGAAAAUGAAGAGCAAUCCCACGAAAAUGUCAUACCAGUUUUGCAUGGUAGUGGCCUUUGUCUUCGCUUUGACGGAAGCUUUAAGGUUUGCGCAACAAUCUAUAAAAUGUCCCAAAAGUUGCAACUGUACCGACACAUCGACAGCAGAGUGCAAUUCUUUGGAUGUGGAAGUGUUUCAAGACAAAUUUGCCAUAUUGAAGAUAGUGAAUCCGUCUGAACCGUUAGUGCUUACUAGGAACAUUUUUCAUGAUAUAGGACUCAAAUCUGUAAAUCAUAUAUCUAUUGAAAACGCGACCAUUACAGAAAUCGACGAAGAGGCUUUCGGACAACUAACAACUCUCAUUAAAAUAAGUAUUUUACGAUCUGACGUGCACAAUUUACCUUCGAAACUUAUUUCAAACGUCAAAACAAUAAGGGCUCUCAAUUUGGCCGGAACCAAAUUGGGAAAUUUCACCACAUUAAAAUCUGAAACGCUUGAAGAACUCGACAUGUCGAAAUGUCAAAUUUCCGAAAUUACGGAGAACAUGUUCAAUAAUCUGCCGGAACUCAUAUUUCUCAAUCUGGGAAAUAACAACAUUCGAAAGAUACAUUCUCUAGCUUUCAUCAAUCUGACUAAUUUGGAAAGUCUAAGUCUCGCCAGGAAUAAUUUAACGCACUUACAGCCAAAUCUUCUGGAAAACAACAUGGAACUUGUGACCCUCAAUCUGAGCUACAAUCCGAUCGAACAAUUCAACCUUAACAUAAUAUCAAUCUUAGAAGCGCUGCAUUUGAAAGGUUGCAAAUUAAAAUCGUUUAAUGCGACUUUCGGUAAAAAUUUCGACAUACUACCGUAUCUUGAUUUGAGCGAGAACGAAAUAGAACACAUUCCUAAAAAUGCCUUUGCUAACAUGAAAAAGUUAGAGACUAUCAAUUUGGCGAGCAACAGACUAGAGAAUUUGGAUGCAACCGUUUUCGACAAAAACAGCGAGUUAGCGAAAAUUAUUUUAGAUAACAAUAACAUUAAAAAACUACCAAAGUUUACGAACAAAAACAACUUCUUUGACGUAAUGUCUUUUUCAUGUAACAACUGCAAUUUGACGGAACUUUCACGAGAAACUUUUGUACACAUGCGAGGUCUGACUAUUCUUCACCUUUCGAAUAACCAACUUACCAAAAUCGAUCCAGAAAUCUUCGAAGCAAUUCCUGGUUUACGCGAAAUCGACAUAUCCCAUAAUAAAAUUAGCGAAUUCGACGUUGAUACCUUCGCUUCGCUCGGCCAAUUGGAAAAACUCAUCAUCGCUGGAAAUCCACUCACGAAACCCUUGGAUGCAACCAUGUUUAAUCACAAUAGGGUUCUCAAAUCUAUAGACGCUAGUUCAUGCCAUUUGAAAAAACUUUGGGCAGAGAAUACGUUACAGCAUGCCAGUAUGCCAAGCAUUAGAGAGCUUCUUAUUUCGAACAAUGAACUCCAAUCGGUCAGUCCGAGGGACCUCCAGGUUUUGACAAACUUACAAAUCCUGGACAUAAAAAACAAUCCAAUCGAAUGUUCUCAGAUACUUCGAGAUACAAUAACGUGGCUGACCGAGCGUGAAGUUCGUCCAGCAUUUACCAAAACGCACGAAUCUUUCAUCGAAGAUGUCAACGUAUUCGACGAGACCGAAGAUAAAGUCCAUUCGUGGAAGAAAUUGGCAAAAGACGCUUGCGAAGAUGAAGAAUAUUUCGACAAUUAUUACAACGACGAAGUCGAAACCGAAAAAGAGAUCGAUAAUAAACUCCUUCUGGAAAGUAAACUCAAUAUCGAACCGAAAACGUAUACCGAAAAUUCUGAUGAAUAUGACGAAGACGAGGGCGACGAUGACGACGACGAAUACAAUAACUAUAUUGAUUACGACCAAAAGAGCGAAGAAAACAGUCCCUUCGACGAAGACGACGAUAAAUUAUUCGAACAAAUAAAAUCAGAACUCGAUUUACAGAAAUUAGCGGUAGAAUCGCGACGUCUAAGAGAAAAGAAGACGGAAGAAUCGUUUGCAUAUUUAUCUCCAACGCUAGUUUUUAUCCUAACUGCAGCAUCAGUUCUUGUAAUUGCUGCCAACGCUAUGUUACUAAUUCUUCGUUCGCGAGGAGCUUUAGUUGUCCAAAGGGAUGGCAAUCUUCCCCACUUUAAAAUCCCACAAUGGGGCGCCGGAAAUAAAUUGAAAAAACACAGCGGAUCGGUCUACCAACAACUAUCUGAGGAAAGGACCGGGCCACCGACACCAAAAGUGAACAGAUAUCAAAAACUGCCAACAGUGCACAAUUCUAUCCCUUGAAAAAGUUAUUGUUUUCGCUAAAUUAUAAUGAGACACAUCCAAAUAUUGAUAGACUAAAUGUAAAUUUAAGCAUUUAAUGGUAUUAACAAUAGUAUUAACUGUUAGUAACGUUACGAUCAUGGCUAGGUACUUCUAAAAUUCCAAUACCAUGUAUACGUAGGCAUAUUAUAAAUUCGUGUAUGAUUUUUAACUUUCAAUAUAUUUUGUUAUUUAAUGA